AUGGAAACAAAUCAAAUACGACAAGGCUUUAUAUGUCCGUUUUGUUUUGGAGACUUUAAUGAUUCUCAGAACCUUCAGAAGCACGUCGACGAUAGACAUUCGGAAUCUGGAGAUCCUUUGGUUUACGUGAAAAGUGAGUAGUCUUAUCAUUGUUUGUAUUGAUUUUAGAUGUGUUUGGAAAGGCUAAACAAAAGAUAAACGAGUUCGACUUUUCCAAAAGCAAUGCUCUUUUGUCGUGUAACUUAACAUUGGGACAACAAGAGAUUCAGAAUCAUGUUUACAUUGACGAUGAUCAGUUACUGGGGAUUGCGAAGCGACAUACGCCGGCUUUUAUGGAGAUUCGCCAGCAGAACAAUGAUCAAGUAGAGACGACUACCAAUACUUUGGUUAUCAGGUUGGACAAGCUGAUGUUAUCUUUCGACCAGUCAAGUAAUGAUAGAAAAGGUGUUGUUUUUGUGAAUUUGUACAGACUUCUAUAGUACAUUUAAGUUUACUCGAUGUAUUUUUAGUUGUAUGUUUUCUAUUUUUGUCAGUUUUAGACUUUGAGAAGAAGACCGUGCCGUGGGUAGAUGAUUCCAACGUUUCGAAUUGCAAACUCUGUAACGCCAAGUUCAACAUAACAAAGAGGAAACACCACUGUCGGUUGUGUGGAAAGAUUAUGUGUGCUACAUGCUCUCAGUUUUUGUCGUUCUUCUCUGCCAGUAAGUUUGCGUGACUGGGUAUUAGCUGUUUUGGUAACAGCUUUUAGUUAUAAAUGGCAAUAAACAGGGUUAACACUAAUAAACAAUUAAAUGAUGUACAAAACGUAACCAUGUCCUUGAUAUUAUAGGAAAACUGACGAACCCAGCAUUUGCGGCCGAUGUCAUCAAUGGUUUGACAGAAAAAGUGGACAAAGAUCGGCGAUCUUCAGCUAGCCAUGAUCAAAUCGAGGCUUUGAAACUGAAGACGGGCAAGUUCUUGAACAACAUUAUAAACGAACGGAAGUUCGCGACUGAUGAGCCAGGUGAUGGACUGAGGAUAUGCAAAUUGUGCAAGGAUUACCUCAGUAAAAGGGAACAGAGGAUGGAUCUUGGAGCUGCGUUACCUGUUUUUGUCGAUUUAUAUGACAAAUUGUGCACCCUUAUCACUCAAAUCAGCAACUUGGCACCGUCCUUCAGGAGAAUGGCUAAUUCUUUGAGUCAAGGAGAAGGUUUGUAUACUUUAAGUUCGGCUAAUCAGUUGAGGAAAAAGCUGAUCAGUGUUCAGAGGGAAAUCAUCGACUUGAGGUGAGUAUAUUGUUCACGUAAUGUUUCUUUAACGUUUAUAUUCUUUUAAAUUAGUUUAACUUUAUAUUUUUAUGAUUUCUUUUAGUGAACGAUUGGAAUCUUGGGGAAUGAACAACGACCCAAUAGCGCCAAUCCCACCAACUCCUCGAGAGAUGAUUGUGCAGAAGAAUAUACGGUAUCUGGCCAUGAAUCAGUUACAAGUAAGCGCAGUGUUUAUAUAAUUUGUCAUGAUGCUUUGAUAUAACAUUUUGAGUGUUUUGUUGUAUUAAAAGAUAGUUACUUAUGCAUUUAGGAUGUGAUGAUGGACAUGCCAGACCUCCCGAGUGAUGAGGAAUACAAGGUUCUACAUGAACAACACAAAAAACGGGCUAGCGAGCAAUCCGAGAUGGAGAAACGUCAGUUGAGGGUAUGUUAAUGUAGCGACAUUAAAAGGUUUUUCUCAAGAUUUGUGUAUUAGCUUUGUACUUUUAGUAACAUGUUCUAUGUUAGUUUUGUGUUGAAGACUUUGAUUAUAGCCAUCUCCGUCGAAUCCUCAGUUGUCUAGAGCUACAGUAUCCGAAGUCAACUUGGAUCACUCUUCUAGGCCACACCUGAAGGCUAGCGUAUCGUUUAGUGGGUUGAGGACGGAAGACAGCUGGACUCCAGACCCAAUGCAACAUCUCGGCCACAAGAAUCCAUUCUUCGAGGACGAGGAAGCGGCCGAUAUGCAUCCUGUCGCUCAACAAUAUCUUAUCAUCAAGGGGUAGGUUUUGCACUUAUUUUUAGUUUAUUAAUAUGAAAAUAAUUUUUUGUUUUGAUAUGUUGCAUAUGAACUACAAGACAGCUUUUUUUUAAUCUGAGAUAGUUCAAUUAGAGGCUAAUUAUGUGGUUUAGGUACCUAAAACAAGCCGCCCAAGCAGGUCGUCUGGAAGAGGUGGAGAUGCUCGAAAAGAAUCUCAUCGACCUUGAGGACGAACUUAGCAAUCUUAACUUGGCCACUCCACGGGUAGAUUAG